CACAAUGUUUAAAGUAUAAUCCGUUUCGGUUACCCGCCGUGAUAAUUGACGUUACGUCUACCUCAUAAUUUAUUAAACAUGUCUUUCUGUUCUUGGUUCGGCGCUGAAAAAUAUAGGGAUCAUUUUGACAAAGGUGUUUAUGCGUGUUCUAACUGUGGCACGGAGUUGUUUCACAGUUCCAGCAAGUAUGAGCACCACACACCCUGGCCAGCUUUCAAUAACACCAUCACACCUGACUGCCUCUCCAAGUAUAUGGAGUCUCCAACUGCACUGAAGAUAUCUUGUGCUAAGUGCGGUAAUGGUCUGGGCCAUGAAUUCCUUGGAGACGGCCCUAAGAAAGGUCAGAGCCGUUUCUGAAUAUUCAGUGCCUCGUUAAAGUUCAUCCCGAAGUAGCGCAAGUCAAGGAGAUUUUAUUCCAUGCAGGGAAACAUGCGGGCCUUAUCGAUGUAAACAGAAGCAAUGAGAACAGACGUCCAAGAGAUCUGUUGAAAACGCAGAGAUGCCUAUCAAUGUUAAAUUUUAAUGUUAAACUUAAACAAUAUUUUGAUG